GAAACACCGCCGGAAGUGGAUUAACACGUGACCCACUCCAUUCCCCACACGCCCAUCAUCCACGGCUCUCUGCUAAAGUCCCAUCCGACAAUAAUUUUAUGGAAACUACCUCACCAUCAAAUCAAUUUACUGCGGUGAUCAACAGCUGGGUUCGACGCGGACGACAUAUUGGGUAAUGGUUAAUAACACCUAAUACAACGGACGACAAUCAACACAGCAACACCGACAAUGCUUCCAUCAGCAGCGCCCUACCUACUACGACCUACUAGUAACCGUGCCGCUUUGCGCCGGCUACAACUACAACACAUCGGUCUUCUUCCCCGCAGCACAACAACAAUCACAGGAACAACAGCAUCAUCAUCACUAGUACGAAAAUAUGCCACAACGCAAGGCGCCGCCCCGAAACGGCGAAACGUGACUGUUCUAUCGGACGAUGGACGAUACGAGUGGGGAGAAUUGAGCGGGAGGGAGAAAGUUGCGAGGGCGACGCAGCAGUCGGUGAAUUUCGUGGUGAUUAUUGCGGGGGCGGUUUUGACGGGCGGGGUCUUCUACCUUCUCUUCACGGAGGUCUUUUCCCCGAAUAGCAAGACAUGGCAGUUUGAAAAAGCUGUCGAGCGCAUCAAGGAUGAUGUUCGGUGUACGAACCUCCUGGGUGAUCGGAGGGAGAUCAAGGCUUAUGGGGAGAAUACGUGGAGUAGAUGGGCGAGGAAUAGGCCUAUUGCGACGUCUGUCUAUCAGGACAGAGUGGGUCGGGAACACCUGAAGAUGAACUUCCACGUCGAAGGUCCUCUUAAUUCCGGAACCGUGUUUGUGCACAUGAUGAAGCCGUUGAAUGAGCAUCACUGGGAGUAUCAGCUUCUUGCUUUGGAAGUGCCGGGACAUUCCCGAGUUGUGCUUGAAGAAGCGCGCGAGAAGCCUGGCGUUGGGCAAGCACUGAAGAUCUUUGGUAUUAAGUGGCGGUAGAUGGGAAGCACCAUCUGGAUCGGCACCGAAGGGAUUGCGGUGUUCCCGGAUAUGAAUACUGUAUUAUAUACGUGAACCGAUUAUGAGUGUAAAAUAUACCAUAGGAGAACUGAAUCCAGACAGGUCGAUACUGGCGACCUUGUUUCAUAAUA